AUGGCUAGUCGAUCAUUUUCUCAUUUUGUGGAGCAAGAAAUGGGGAAGUUUCCUCACUUUGUGAUCUAUGUGUUGCUUGAAUGGGUUUUGAUAAUCAUUCUUUUCCUUGACGGGUUCCUCGCGUUUAUUGCCAAUGAGUUUGCCAUGUUCUUUGAAUUGCAAAUCCCAUGUUGGCUUUGCACUAGGUUUGAUCAUGUAAUGGCUCAUAGAAAUCCUGAUUUUUAUUACAAUGAGUCUGUGUGUGAGACUCAUAAGAAAGACAUGUCCUCUUUGGCUUUUUGUCACAACCACAAGAAGCUCUCUGAUAUAAGGAAGAUGUGUGAGGGGUGUCUACUUUCUUUUGCAACUGAAAAGGAAUCAGAUUGUGACACCUACAAGUCCCUUGUGGGGAUUUUGCAUAAGGAUCUUGAGUGCUUUGUUCAGGAUGGCCAACCAAUUCAAUUGAGUUUGAAGGAUGAUGGGUUCAUGCAUGUUGAUACAAGCAGCACUCAAAGAUGUUCUUGCUGUGGAAAACCAUUGAAAGUCAAAGCUUCCUAUGUUAAAGGGAAGCGCUCAGCAUCAUUUGCUAGAGCCCCAACUCCUUCACCACGAGCUUUUCCAUAUUCAACAUCCAAAAGUGAGGAUCAUCAUGGUCUAGAGUUACCUCACAUCAGGUACACAGAACUCAAGUUUAUGUCAGAUGAUUCAGAGCUUCCAGAGGAUGAGGAUAGCUUCAAUGCGAAUAAGGAUUUGAAUGAUGAGUCCAGCAAAUUCACCCCAACUUUUACAAAGAGCAAUAAGUUCUUUGGAAUCCCACUCACAGAUUCUGCAAACAACAGUCCCAGAUGGUCUUACAGGAUUGCCAGGAAAUCACCACUGGAGAAAACAGAAUUUGCCUCAGACUCUAAUGAGGCAAAUGUUCAAAAUGAUGCUGAUGAAGCCAUCUUGAACAACUUGAAGAGGCAAGUUCGAUUGGACCGCAAAUCACUCAUGGCUUUGUACAUGGAGCUGGAUGAGGAAAGAAGUGCUUCAGCUGUUGCUGCUAACAAUGCUAUGGCCAUGAUCACGCGGUUACAGGCAGAGAAGGCUGCAGUGCAAAUGGAAGCUUUGCAGUAUCAAAGAAUGAUGGAGGAGCAAGCUGAGUAUGAUGAAGAAGCACUCCAAGCAUGUAAUGAUAUGCUUCUCAAACGUGAGGAAGAUAUGAAAUCUUUAGAAACAGAGUUGGAAAUUUAUAGAAAAAAGUAUGGAUCUUUAGUAGAAGAAUAUGCUAACUCAUCUCUUGGAGACAAUGGCUUUUCACUCAGGCUCAAUGAAGGUGAAGAUAAUAAUGGAGAAAAGAGCUUCAACUAUAAUCAAGUUGUGUCAUCUCCAGCAAAACAUGGAGGGGUAAAACACAGUGAUUCUUUCAAAGAGAUUAUGGCGGAGAGAACAUAUCUUCUUGGCCGGUUGAAGAAAAUAGAACCUAGGACACCCUUUGCAGAAAAUAUUGAGACAGGAAAAGGGAGCGAAGCCUAUUUACCAAAAGAACUGUCCUUCCUUGCUGAAAGGGUGAAGGCUCUUGAAGCCAACAGUGGUUUCUUAGAGCUUGUUUCCAAGAAAGAUGAGAAUGAUAGUGAAGGAACCGAAAUUUUGACAGUGAUAUCACAGAAUCUAGAGAAGCUCAACAACCUUGUUAUGACCUCCUUUGAGGACAUGCACGAUGCCCGUUUUUCCUUUGGUGGUAAUUGA